UGACGUAAUCACGGCUCGUCUGAAGACGAAUGUCUGCUGCUGCUGAUACAUUGUUGACGUUUUUAGUUUUGCCGUUUAAUUGACUUUAAAUCAUCCGAUACUUCCACUAACAGGUCGCUCCUCGAGCAAAACCUCCGCAAAAAUGAAAUGGAUGUUUAAAGAGGACCAUUCUCUGGAGCACAGAUGUGUGGAAUCGGCCAAAAUCCGCAACAAGUAUCCAGACAGAGUUCCUGUUAUUGUGGAGAAGGUUUCUGGGUCGCAGAUUGUGGACAUCGACAAGCGGAAGUAUCUGGUCCCGUCUGACAUCACAGUGGCCCAGUUCAUGUGGAUCAUCAGAAAGCGGAUUCUGCUGCCUUCUGAAAAAGCCAUAUUCCUAUUCGUCGACAAAACUGUCCCUCAGUCCAGUCUGACUAUGGGGCAGCUCUACGAGAAAGAACAAGACGAGGACGGCUUUUUGUACGUGGCCUACAGUGGAGAAAACACGUUUGGAUAUUAAUCUCCCGCAUCUUCCUCCUCCUCCUCCUCCUCACUCGCGUUUCUUUUGGACUUGCUGGAUUGCGAAAGCGGAUCUGUGACAUAAUAAUCACACACAGCAGACGUGUUUGUACUUCUGUCGUCACCCGUCAUAUUGUGCUCUCAAACAUUAGAUCCACAGCAUUAGUGAUUGUUUUCCCUCUUCUUUCGGUGAAUGGUGUUGCAGUAUUAUCACAGACGCUUCUUAAUAAUGUCGACACGGAGAAUAUAUAUAGUCACUUUUAAUGUUUUAAUUUAUCUGUAUUCUUUUUCCCCUGUAAAUUAUGUAUUUAAGAUUACUGAAAGGUAAGGUAGCUGGAUGACCUAACCAAUAAAAACCGACACCAAAAAAUUA